UUUGUGGGUGGGUGGGACCAAGAGGUCCAGAGGCAAGCAACUUUAAACAUGGAGCAAGGCACGCGAUGGGAAUCGAACACGAGCUGCCAUGCCGAUGACCUGGGGCGAGGAAGGUACAGCGCAGAGCAAGACAAAUUUACUCCAUGUGGUUUUGUUCCGGUACACUGCAUACAGUGUCGGACAAUCAACGGCUAUGGCCGGCUAGCAGGGCCGGGAUCGCUUCAGUGGAUGAGGCAAGCUCCAUGUCAUUGUUAUUGUAUUCUCUGCAGUUGA